AUGAUCCAAUUAAAGACGAUGCUUAAUUGCAUCGACAACUCCGGCGCAGCCGUGGUCGAAUGCGUGAACGUCUUGAAAAAGAAGAGAGCCGCAACAGUCGGUGACCGAAUUGUGGUUGUCGUUCAAAAACAGCGAAACUUCGGCCCCGAAGGUACCAACAGCAGCACCGGCAUCGCCAACAAAGUUCGCCGAGGAGAUAUUCGACAUGCCGUGAUUGUUCGGGUGAGGAAGGAGAUGCAAAGACUAGAUGGGAGCCGCGUCAAAUUCGAUGACAACGCCUGCGUGCUCGUGAACAAGUCCGGAGACCCCAUCGGAACCAGAAUGAACGGUGUUGUGGCUACGGAACUACGGAAUCGACAGUGGUCCAAGAUCCUGUCGCUGGCACCGAUGCAUGUAUAA